CUAAUUUUUGCCACCAGAAAUUUUGAAAAAAUCCCCAAAUUUUGAUUUUUGUUUUCGUUUCUCUUAUUCAUAAUCGUUGAAUUAGGGUUUUCGAGUUUCGAGUUUCCCAAAUCUGAUAAAAAAAACAAUUUUCUUUAGCCAUUUCUCUCAUCUUGAUUCGUCUGUUGUUUGGGUCUAACAUGGCGACUGAAACCCUAGAAGAGAAAAUACCGAAAGUGGAAUCACCGGCGAAGGAGGAAAUUGGUGCUGCGAAGGAAGAGAAGGAGGAAGAAAAAGCGGAUUUGCCAAUAAAGGCUGAGGUGGAGAAGAAGGAAGAUGUAGAAGAGGGUGAAGCGAAGAAAGAGGGAGAAUUGGAGGAGAAGGUUAAAGAUAAAGAAGACGCUGUAGAAAGUGAGGAGGAGGAAGAAGAAGUAGAAGAAGAAGAAGAAGACGAAAGUGGAAGUAAGAAAUCGUCGGAGAAAGAAGCGGUGACUCCGACCAGUGACAGACCAACGAGGGAGAGAAAGAAGGUUGAGCGUUUCUCGUUGUCUACUCCUAUGCGGGCUACACCAAGCAAGUCUGUUUCAAUUGGAAAGGGUCGUGGAACACCUCUCAGGGAAAUUCCAAAUGUGGCUCAUAAACUAUCCAAGAGAAAAGCUGAUGACAACCUGAUGUUAUUACACACCAUUCUUUAUGGGAAGAAAGCAAAGGCGCAGAUGGUUAAGAGAAACAUUGGUCAAUUUUCUGGCUUUACAUGGUCAGAGAAUGAGGAAGAGAAGCAGAGAGCACGAAUAAAAGAGAAGAUUGACAAAUGCAUAAAAGAAAAAUUGAUAGUUUUUUGUGAUGUGCUUGAUAUACCUAUAAACAGAAGCAACAUGAAAAAAGAAGAACUAGCUGUCAAAGUGCUUGAAUUUUUAGAAUCUCCCAAAGAAACAAGAGAUGUUGUAAUAGCUGAUCAAGAAAAGGCGAAAAAGCGUAAGAGUACACAAAAAAGGGGGAAAUCUGGAGAAUCUUCAGACACCCCAGCCAAGAGAAAAAGGCAAACAAAGAAGCGAGAUCAGCCAUCUGACAUGGAAGAAGGCAAGGAUGAGGGAGAUGCUGACUCUGAAGGAACUAAUGAUCCUCAUGAUGAAGAUGAUGCAGCGCCAGAGGAAAAUAGUGACCAUGAAAAGACUGACACUGAAGAUGAAAAAGACAAAGCAGAGGAUGAGAAACCAUCCAAAAAGAGAAGCUCAUCGAAAAAGACUGUAGAGGAGAGCUCAGGGUCUAAAGGUAAGGAUAAGCCAGCUUCUGCUAAAGGUUCUGCAAAAUCUGGUGAGAAGUCCUCCAAACAAAUUGCUAAGUCAGCUUCAUCCCCAGCUAAGAAGCAAAAAGUUGAUCACGUCGAGCCUUCGAAAGAGAAAAGCAAGAAACAGCCAAGUAAGCCACAGGCUAAGGGAUCUAAAGAGAAAGGAAAAGCCACGAAGAAAGGAAAAGCCAAAGCAGAGCCCACCAGAGAAGAGAUGCUUGAAGUGGUAUCCAAAAUUCUGAAGGAAGUAGAUUUCAAUACGGCAACACUAUCAGAUAUUCUGCAGAAGCUAAGCGCCCACUUUGGUGUGGAACUGUCGCAUAGAAAACCAGAGGUGAAGGAUGUGAUCACAGAUGCCAUAAAUGCAAUGACUGAUGAUGAAGAAGACGAUGAAGAGGAAAAAGCUGAGGCAGGAAGUGACAAAGAGAAGGAAGAAGAAAAAGAAGAGGGAGAAGAGGUAAAAGCUGAGGCUGAAAGUGACAAAGAGGAGGAAAAAGAAGGUGAAGAAGAAGAAGAAAAGGAAGAGCAAAAGGAUUAAGGUUAGAAUUUUGUUUUUCUUCUCUCAAUAUCUGAUGUGAAGGAAAGCAAAAAACUGAUACAGCUGUGAAUCAGAACAAGUGACAUAUAGAAUGUGUCGAAUCUGUAUUAUGUACUGUGUAAUCUCUGUAGUCUGACUCUCGUUAUGUAGUUUUAAGCGUCUUUUUUCUUUUUCUUGUGUAGUUAUUGUUACCUGUUAGGUUUUCUAAUCCUUGUUUCUAUUUGAUGAUAUUGUGGGAAAGUUUUUUUGGAUUUAGUUUAAAGACAUUCGUAUAUUUUAUCUAAAUUCUGUUUUCCGA